AUGUCACUUGUCCAGAACAGCUUGGUAGUCUCAACUGGCACCAAUGGCACGACUGUAACUCUAAAGUUGCACUCCUCCUCUGGCAAUGUUGCCAUCAAGGCCCUGACUGUGGCCGUCCGUGAUUCGAACGGAACCAACUUGGACUACCCCAACGCCAACAACGUCACUGUGUCCACCUCGCUCUACACUUUCACCAGCACCAAGGUCCUCCAGCCAGGAACCUACACCAUGUUUGGUGCUUACCAGACCAGCAAUGGUGCAUGGUCCAGUUUUGUUAGCCAAAAGGUCAGUGUGUCCAACACCAUUGUACAGGAGUCCCUGGAGUUGACUGAGAACGGUCCCAAUGUCACUGCCGUGCUCAAGAUCAACAGCAAGCCAACCCCAACAACCUUGCAAUCUCUCACUGUUGCCGUGCGCGAUGACAACAACAACAACCUUGACUUCCCCAACCUCUUCAGCGUCAACGUUGGUACAUCAACGUACUCAUUCAAUGAGACUCAAAGCUUCAACCCAGGCACCUACACUGCCUUUGGAGCAUUUGAGCUCAACAAUGUAUGGGUGAGCCUCCCCUCGCAGACCUUUGUCGUGUCGGGCUCCAUCACACCAUCUCCCCCAUCCAACCUUGCAGUCACUGGAACCACCGACUCCUCGGUCACUCUGUCCUGGAGUGCUGGCAAUGGUACCACCACCUACAAUGUAGUCCGCGAUGGCUCCAACAUUGCAAGUGUUAGUGGUUUGACCUACACUGAUACUGGUCUCACCCCGGGCACUUCCUACACCUAUGCAGUGGUUGGUGUUAACUCUUCCGGUACCGCUUCGACUGCCACCCCAUCUGUCAUUGCUACCACAACUGGUGUGAACGCUGGUCCUGGCACUCGUCUUGGAAAGAACAACGUCUUCUGGGAUGACUUCAACUCUGGCUCCUUGAACACUACCAACUGGACCCUCAACAAAACAUCGUCCUAUACCAACAACGGACCCACCAACGCCAAAGACCACAAGUUGGACUACUUGAACCCCAACUGCAUCUCCUUCAAGGACAGCAACGUUGUGUUCACCGCCCAGGAUGCUGGCUUCAAGAUCUCUGGUUUCCCUCAGGGUGGCAGCUUGGGUGCAUGGUACACUGCGUUCAUCACUACCGAGUUUAGUCCAAACGGAUUCCAGGUAAAGACCAACGACUACUUGGAGGGCAAGUUCUACUUGCCACCCAACAUUGGCGCAUGGCCAGCCCUUUGGACCUGGAAGGAUGGCAAUGGUGAGAUCGACGUCUUUGAGUACCACCCUGACAACCCCAACCUCUUGGAGCUCUCCAACCACGUCAACAAGGCUAGUGAGUACUACACCAACGCCAGUACUAUCGCCCCCAACAAAUGGAUUACCAUUGGUGCUUUGCUCGGCGCCAACUCGGUCAAAUGGUACGUCAAUGGUGUCAAUGUUUGGUCUGACAACACUGGUGUUGGAAAUGGAUUCCAAUCCUACAUCAACUUGAACCUUUCCCUCGACGAUGGAUACCCCGAGAACAAUCAUCCAGGCCCAACUGCUGGACAGAUCAUCACCUUCUCGACAGACUAUGUUGGUGUUUGGCGUUAA